AUGAUGAACGGAACCGUCCCAAACUCAGUUGCUGGAUUGUCUAACCUUCAAAUGCGUGCCUUGAAUGAUUCUAUGUGUAACAUGUUGAACGCAGGUUUAGAUCAGAUCCACCAGAGGCUUGAUGAGAUUCAGGCCAGCCAAGCUCCUUCUAUAGCCGGAGCAAGAAGAGACCGUCCGCGUAGGAACACUGGGUCUGACGAUGAGAUCCAAGAGGAGGAUGAUCAAGAGGACGAGGCCAGAUCAGCCUACCGUCCAAGAAGAGGUCCUAGAACCCGAGAUCCAGGUGAUGUCAAUCCUUUUGCUAGAAAUGAACGUACUAAUGAUAGAUUAAGUGGAUUGAAACUAAAAAUCCCAUCUUUUGAGGGUAAAAAUGAUCCUAAUGUUUUUCUUGAAUGGGAAAGAAAAAUUGAACAUGUCUUUAAUUGUCAAAACUUUUCUGAACUUAAGAAAGUUAGACUAGCUGUUACUGAAUUCUCUGGCUAUGCUAUUAAUUGGUAUGAUCAAGUUGUGACCCACAGGAGGAGAACAGGUGAGAGACCGAUUGAGACAUGGGAUGAGUUUUCCAUGCUGAUGAGGAGACGAUUUGUUCCUGCUCAUUAUCACCGAGACCUCCAUCAGAAACUCAGACGCUUGCUUCAAGGCACUAAGUCCAUGGAAGACUACCACCAGGAGAUGGAAACUUUGAUGAUCAAGGCCGAUGUAGACGAGCCCAUGGACGCCACUAUGGCUAGGUUCCUCUCUGGGCUUAACCGAGACAUCCAAGACCGUAUGGAGCUUCAAGAGUAUGAUAGUGUGGAACAGAUGCUACACAAGGCCAUCUUGAUCGAACAACAAGUUAAGAGGAAGAGUUUCUCAAAGCCUGCCAUUACCUCUAAACCGGCCUACUCUUCUAAACCGGCUUUUUCUCCUAAGCCAAGCUACCAAGACAAAGUUGAAUCUGAGGAUGAACAGGAGGACAAGGAGGAUCUUGGACCAAUCUUUGAUGAUGAGGACGAGUCCUUUGGAUAUCCGCAUCAAGGGCCACUACUUGUUGCUAGGAAAGGCAUGAUCGAGUCUAUCUUCGAUGAGACGGACGGCCGCUUAGUCGAUGGUUCCGAUCCAGCCUUUGAUGAUGAGUCCGAUCCGAUCUAUGAUGAGGAGGCUUACUUCGACUAUCCAGCUCAUGGUCCUCUACUUGUAACAAGAAGAUCUCUGAGUGUCCAGCCCAAAACCAAUGAAAAAGAAAAAAGGGAGAAUCUCUUUCAUUCUCGUAGUUUAGUUUCUGAAAAGGUUUGUUCUUUGAUUAUUGAUGGUGGGAGUUGUACUAAUGUUGCUAGUGACACUCUUAUCAGGAAACUAGGACUUGCAACUCGGCCUCUCUCUCAUCCUUUCAGGUUGGAAUGGCUAAACGAGGCUGGAGAACAGUAUGUGAAAGAGCAAGUCACUGUCCAUAUUACCAUUGGCCGAUAUGAGGACGAGGUCGUUUGCAACGUUCUUCCUAUGGACGCAUGCCACAUUCUCUUGGGCCGGCCAUGGCAAUUUGAUAAGAGAGCCGUGCAUGAUGGCUGUUUGAACCGAUACUGUCGAUAA